UGAAAAAAAAAUCCAAAAAUUGUUGAUUGUCUGAUAACUUCUGGAUCAUAAAUUAAUUACUAAAUUUUUUUUAUUCUUUCAAAAAUACAAAAACUUUUUGUAAAAAAAAAAGAAAAGAAAAGUCUCCGCAGAACGUGAUGAACAAUGAGUCUAAUGCCCUAUAGAGUCUGGCUUUCACCGUUUAGCCGACGUUAAAAGGAAGUAAAAAAAAAAAAAAAAAACCAAAUAGAUAAAGUGUAAUAUAAGUAAAUAUAUAAGGGAGUUAUAGAGAAACGGAAUCUGGUGUAAGUAUGAAAAAAUUAAAUUGAAUUUUAAAAAACGCUUUAUAAUAGACACUAAUGAGACGAUGAUACGCUAGAUCUUAUUUGUAAUUCUCCUGGUAACUGUUUUAGUUGUAAAUUGGCUGAGAUACUUGACGUUAAAUUGUUUGUAGACGUCUCCUGACUGUGACACCUUCUGGGAAAUAGUAAUUAUGAGCCUUUCACGUAAUGUGAUGUAAUGGAGAUUAAAAGACACGUUGGGCGCCAGAUAAGUUUCAUUUUUUAUUGUUGGUAUUUAUGAGUACGCCGGGCGUUUAAAUUUAAUGGAUAAUUUUUUCGGUGAUUAAUUAUCGCAGUUAAUGGUUUAUUUGGGUAUUCAAUUAAUUUUAAUUGGCUGAAAGUAAUGAUGAAAGGUAUUUAAUUAUGACAUUGUCAUGCUGAUUGAUCAAGAGUAAAUUGCAUUUAAUUAUUAAAUUGAGAUUAAGGUAUUACUCAUAUAGAAUUUUAUUAAUCGUCAUAAUUAUUCAUGAUACGGUCAUUUGACUGCUGCUUUGCGACAUUAAUAUUUUUUUUUUCACUAUGAAUUUUUUUUAUUACGUAACAGAAAAAAAUUAAUUCUUGGCGCAAUUUAUUUUUCUCGUCCCCGGAAAAUUUUUACUUGACCCAAAAAAAUUUUUUAGGUCAAGUUAAAAUUUUCUUGGGGUAGAAAAUAAUUUUUGCGUCGAUCGAUCAUUAAAAAAAAAAUUAUCGAUUGAAUUGAUCCAGACCAAUAAUUUUAUACUUGAUCCUAAAGUUAGUAGACAAUUCAAAAUUUUGGGAUUUUUUUUUUUCAACAAAUAAAUUACAAUAAAAAAAAACUGAAAAAUGCACAUGUAGAGAAUUGAAAAAAUUAGGGGUGUAAUUUCUUAAAAUAUUUUUCAUAACUCCUGCCUUUAAAGUUCAAUAUUCGAGCGUCGUGUAGCGCGAGUAAAAUAGGUCUUUCUCUCGAUAACUCGACGAAACUAUACAACGAUGUCGAAAAAUCAGCUGUUGGACUUUUCAGCAUGAUUUUACUGUGCUGAAAAGUAAUUGGCUAUAGGAAAUGUAUUCAAAUUACCUAGCGACCGUCGUUCACUCGAGUUAAAAAGAGAUAGCGAUACUUUUUUCUCCAUAUACUCCUACUGUCGCGUUUAUCCUGAAAUCCGCACAUGCGCAAAUAGAAAGACGACAAUUGGAAACCAGCAUUGUGAUCAUAUGUGUCUUAUUCUUAUUGAAAAUCAUAACCUGUGUGUUUGAUUGUGAAAAUUAUAAUAUUAUAUUAUUUAUUGUUCAUAAAAAAUUGCCACAUUAUUAAAAACAUAGAUUUUAAUAAACUAUGGCCGAUUUAACGCGACAGUGUACUCCGCCAAAUUUGGUUGCUGCGGCACAAAAAGCGACGCUAAAUCUUUUACCCAAAAAAUCAAAAGCGUUAUACAACAAAGCUUAUGAUAAGUUUUUAGAUUGGCGUAAAUUAAAUAAGACAGAAUCGUUCUCCGAGACUGUAAUAUUAGCCUAUUUAAAUCACCUGUCUGAAACAUUAUCACCAUCGACAUUAUGGUCACAGUUUUCGAUGAUAAAAACGACAAUUUUAUUAAAUCAUAAUGUGGACAUAAAAAAUUAUGGGAAAGUCACAGCUUUUUUAAAAAACAAAUCGAUUGGAUAUAAACCUAAGAAAGCUAAAACUCUAACAUCAAAUGAAGUAGAAAAAUUCUUAAAUGAAGCUCCUGAUGAAAUAUAUCUUGCUUUAAAAGCUAUUUUAAUUUUUGGCGUAAGUGGGGCGUGCAGGCGCGGUGAAUUAUCGAGUAUGACUACUAAUAAUAUAAAAAUUGUUGACGAAUCUACUAUACUUGUCCAAUUACCUAAAACUAAAACUAACGUUGCCAGGUCAUUUACUAUUAUCGAUACAUUUAAUGAAGUGGUAAAAAAAUAUAUGUCAACACGCCCAAAAGAAACAAAGAUUGAUCGUUUUUUUUUAAAAUACGCCAAUGGUAAAUGCCAACAACAGCCGAUGGGAAUAAACAAAAUUGGUUCUAUUCCGAAAAUAAUUGCUGAGUAUUUAAAACUACCUGAACCGGAAUUAUAUACAGGUCACUCAUUACGACGUACUUCAGCAACAUUACUAGCUGAUGCAGGCGCUGAUUUGCUAACGUUAAAACGUCACGGAGGAUGGAAAUCUAGUAAUGUUGCUGAAGGAUACAUCGAUGAUUCGGUAGGAAACAAAAAAGAAAUCGCCAGUAAAAUAAAAAAAAAUAUAAUUUUGAAUAAAGAAAAUCAGACUAUUGAAACGAGUGAAGCUAAUAUUGAAAUUACUGAAGAUAUUAACCAAAAUGAAUUAGUUAAAGAUAAUUUAUCUGCUGUAGUGUCUCAAGUACAAAAUACUACUGUACAUAAGAAUCUUGAUAUUUCAUCAACAAUUACCAUGCCUUCUAAAAAUAUGAAUUUCUCGUUCCACAAUUGUACCGUCAAUUUCAACUUUGAUAAUAAAUAAAUAUUAUAUGUACUAAUUAUUCUUACGGAAAAAUAAUACUAAAAAAUUUUUAGAUUAAUGUAAUUCAAAAGAAAAUUAAAAUUAAAACAGAAAUUAAGAGUUCAAUUACAAAAUAAAACAUUAAUAGAUUGUUAUUAUUUACACCUGUACAAUUAUUUAUAUUCAGGAGGUAAUUUUUUAUUUUUUGAAUGAUUGAAUUCCUCUCAAUUAAACUUUAAAGGCAGUCAUUAUAAAAAAUAUUGUUCGAUACAUAAAAUUAAAAAGAGGGAUACGGUAUGCAUGUAUUGUCAACACUCGUCUAGGGAUAUGUUACAUUCACAACGAGAACUCGUACCUACAUCUCUCUCGCACUCGCUUCGCUCGUGCGAGAAAGAUGUAUGUACUCGUUCUCGUUGAGAAUGCGGCAUAACCCAAGACUUGUGUCGCCAAUCCAAGCAUGCCGCAAACCCUCUUUUUAAUCCUACGUAUCGAAAAUAGCUAUUUUUAACUUCCCGCUAAGAAAAUUGUAAAUUUUCAAAAAUUCGGGAAGUUAUUGGUUUCGGUCCGAUUUACGAAAAUCGAAUUUCCAUCAGAUGUCGACGUUUCGAGGUCCUAGGAAGCUAUCCUGACUAAUUUCACGAUGAUGUCCGAGUGUAUGUAUGUGUGUACGUACGUACGUACGUACGUACGUACGUACGUACGUAUGUAUGUAUGUAAAUAUUCAUAACUCUUGAACGGAUGAACCGAUUUUGAUCGUUGAGGUGUCAUUCGACGCGGCUUGUUAAUGUCUUGAGGCCGUAUAAAUUUGAACUUAAUCGGUAGGGUGCGUUCAGAGAUAUUUCAAAAAUAAAAUUUUUUCGAAAAUGUUUUAUUUGGAUAACUAUUAAUUUGCUCGAUGGAUUUAUUCCAAAAUCUAAUCAGCUCUAAAACUCUAUAAGCCGCGUCGAAUGCCACCUCAACCAUCAAAAUCGGUUCAUUCGUUCAAGAGAAACCGUUGACGAAAGAAUUCAAAAAAAAUUUUUUCCUUGGUUUUUUUGAAAUUUCUCAAAAACGGCUGAAUAAAUCAAUUUCAAAAUUCGACCAGCUUUAGAACUUGAUAAAACGCGUCGAUUGCCACCUCAACCAUCAAAAUCGGUUAAUUCGUUCGCGAGAUAUCGUGGAAGAAAGAAAUGCUAAAAAAUGGUUUUUUACAAAACAAUGGCAUACAAAAGUAAUUGCGAGCUCGAAGAGCUCGAAAAUAUAUUCACAAUAAUGUUUUCGAGCUCAGCGAGCUCGGAAACAGCGGGAAGUUUUGGGGCUGGCCCGCAGGGUCAACUGACAGACCGAUUUUUUUUAUAAUUUAUCGCUUAAAAAAAAUCAAAAACUUAUCAGACGUCGACUAACUUCAGUAUCAUUGAUAUUUUUUUUAUUUACUAUGAAUUUUUUUAUUACAUAACAGAAAAAAAAUGAAUUUUUAGCGCAAUUAAUUUUUCUCGCUCCCGGAAAAUUUUUACCCGACCUAAGAAAUUUUUUCCUUGACCCAAGAAAAUUUUUACUUGACCUAUGAAAUUUUCUACUUCACGAAUUGUAAACGGAAAUUUUUUAGGGAGAAGCCAAGAAAAAAUAUUUUGGGGCAAAAAAAAAUUUCUUAGGUCAAGUAAAAAUUUUGUAGGGGCGAGAAAAAAAUUUUUCGUCAAAAAAUCAAUUUUUCCUGUGUAUCGAUCAUUAAAAAAAAUGAUCUAUUAAAUUGAUCUUGAUCCUAAAGUUAGUAGACACUUAAAAAUUUUCGGAUUUUUUUUUCCAUCAAAUAAAUUACAAUAAAAAAAAAACUAAAAAAAUGCACAUGUAGAAAAUUGAAAAAACUCGAUGUGUAAUUUUUUCGAAUAAUUUUUUUUUUAUAAUUUAUCCCUUAAAAAAAAAUCCCAAACAUCAGGCGUCGACUAACUUCAGUAUCAUUGAUAUUUUUCCCUAUAGAAUGACUUUCAUUUAUAAAAAAAAAAAAAAUGUCAUGAUACUCAGUAAUAAUUAAUACACCCGACCUGUGUACUCUUGAUAUAUAAUAAAAAAAAUUGUUAUUUAAUAAGAGGGCGAAAAUAACAGAAAUUACAAACUGCAAAUUUUUUUUUUUUUUUCACUAUUACGAGAGCACGAAAAAAUGAAUGAUAAUUUUCUCAUGAUUACACACAUCUAGACUAAAGACAUGUGCACGUGUAGAUAUAUAUGUAUAUAUAAUUUACAACAAAAUGAAGAAAGUCUCUAUCGAGUACUACCGGUCUAUACAAUGAUUGCAUCGAAUUGAACAUAACAAUGACACGCGUGCCAGACAGUCCGAGUUAUUGAACAGCCGGUUUUAACUCUUGCAUAUAUUUGUCAGACAUACCCAUAUAUAUAUAUAUAUAUAUAUAUAUAUAUAUAUAUAUAUAUUGGGUCUACUGUACUCUGACAAUGACUACAUGCACUUGCAUUUUAAACUGAACGUAAUCGAGUGUUGCGAUAAAUUGCGGGUCAUUAUAAUUAUUUUUUAUUUUUAAGACUGUCUAUAGUUCCGUACAACAAUUACUUUUUUUGACCAUUGUUAUCAUUGUCGCUGUCCUUUCUUAAUCAAGUAAUUACUAUUAUGUAUAAUAACUACAAUGAACACGUAUUAUAUAUAUAUAAUUUAUGAUAUAAAUAUAAGUAACCUUGUCAUUACACACCGUCCAUAAUUAUCUUGACGAUUAAAUCACAUUAGUUUUUAUUGUAAUAAUGAAUUGUAUUAUAAUUAUUUAAGAUUGAAAAAUAAAUAGAAAAUGU